UAUAUUCUAUUCCAGACUCUAGAAUCAAAUCAACGUAGAAAGGACAUAUAUCACGCACUUACGGCAAACAUGGCAGUCAUAUUCGAUUUCUUCCUGAGACUCAUCGAGUUGCAUGUUGGACAAUUUAGAAUUUUUAGUGAAACAAAUGCAGUUAAAGCAAGCGCUCACGGACGAGUUGUACAAGUGGUUUUGUUAACUUUCACUGGCUUUGUAGAGUGGGUCUCUAUGUCUCAUAUAAUGGCCCAGAAUGGAAGGUUACUUCAGAUACUCUGUCUUUUAUUAAAUGACACUGCUUUUCAGUCUCCUGCAGCUGAAUGCCUUUCACAAAUUGUGAAUCGCAAAGGAAAGGUAGAGGAAAGGAAACCCAUUUUACUAUUAUUUAACACUGAACCAAUGCAAUAUCUUUUGACGGCAGCUAAGAACCCUGGCAGCUUAUCAGAUGAGUCACAUUACUUAUUUAAGAAGAAAUUGAUACAAGUACUAGGUGGCCUAUCAACUCAGGUCUGUAAUUUAUGGGGUAAGGAGAGUAUUUCUCGCCCAAACAACUUUUCAAUGUUCUUGGAAGCUAUACUAGCCUACAGUAGUCAUCCAAGCCUCACUUUGACGCAUUUAGCAAACCCAUUGUGGAAUAGUAUGUUGAAGAACGAUCACGUGUCUAGAGAUCCAGUGUUUCAGUCAUACAUCUUGCAAUGGAUCCAGUUCACCGCCCCAAAAAUCAUCAAGUUUAGCUAUCCUGUAGGAAGAAGUCCUUCGGGUAACGAAAUCACUGAAAGCGCAUUGUAUGCAAAGCUGGAUUUUGACAGCGAGGAAGAAUUUUCAGCAUACUUUUAUAGAUGUAGGUCGGAUAUGUUGGAUUCGUUCAGACAAGCUACCGUAGUUGCUCCGCUGGUGACAUUCAACUACGUUGAGCAAUGGCUGAUGAAAUGUCUGGGAGUGCCAAACUUAACGAAUGGUCUUACAUUAUCUGAUCCCUUCUAUCAGGAAUGGGAUGCUCUAGCUAAUUUCCUUGAAAGUAUUUUGAGCAGAGUAUUGCAAGCUACAGAAAGACCUUCCAUUGCCUCUGGUUUGAGAUUACUCCAGUUAUGUCUGGCAUAUCAGCCUGCUGAUCCAAUGAUAUUGUCAACUCUGCUAACAUGUAUAUCAGCCUUGUUCGUAUUUCUUAGUAUGUCUACCGGUCAGAUGGCACCUCAAGUAAAUUCAGUAGCAGCUUCGGGUGCAGCGCUACUUCCCCAAGUCUUGGAGAAAAUUUUCGCAACAUUAGUCUACACUCCAGAAGGCCAAACUAUAAGUACCAGGUCUCGGGCAGUGAAAAAUGUUAGACGUCAUGCGGCAUCUCUUAUGGUAAAAAUUGGCAACAAAUACCCUCUUCUAUUACUGCCAGUAUUUGAUCAAAUUAGAGCGACCGUAGAGAAUCUUUCUAGAACUGACGGGCCGGCUAAUCUGAGCAGUCUUGAAAAAGUGACAUUACAGGAAGCUUUGUUACUAAUUUCAAAUCAUUUUGGAGACUAUGAUAGGCAGAGUACCUUUGUUGGAGAGAUGUUGAGGGAGGCGAAUGGCCAGUUUCUUGAAAUCGUUAAUUCAGGUGCUUUCAGAGGUGCCCCAGAAUUCAUCAGAUUUGUUGGACUGGACAAACCUCCGGUUCCUACGAACAUGGAAGAUGAUUGCGGCCAAAACCGAAGCAACAUUAUCCUUUGCGUGAACCUUCUCUUAGGAGCUAUUAAACGUUGUGCCUGGCCGGAUGAUCCGGAAAGGGCUACCCGCGGAGGAUUUGUGGUUUCUCUCACAGAAUCGGGUAAUCCAGUUUGUCGAAAUCCUGCCGCCCCCCACAUCGUUCCUCUCUUGCCCCAUAUUCUCUCUCUCCUCAAAAUCUUCAAUGAACUUUUCACGCCUGUAGCCCAAAAUCUCAUACAUAGCAGUUACAAGGGUUGUUUGGCGAUGCAGGAAACUGAAAAAAUGAAUCUGUUAGGGCUGAUCGGACAUUCCGUAUCUGAGGUUAGUGAAACGCAGGUUGUUCAGAGCCCCCUUGAAAGGAUGCAGAGGUUCCUGUCGGGAUUGCAUGAGAGCUGUUAUCAUAUGAUGGGUUCUCUCGGGCCUUCUCUUGGAAGAGAUUUGUACAAUAUUCCCGAUCUUGGAUUGGCUAUUGUUAACAGUGUCCUGUCUCAUAUGCAAUAUAUACCAGACUACAAAGUGAGACCUAUUAUCAGGGUUUAUCUGAAACAGUUCAUUUUUUCUUGCCCAGCUCCAUUUUACGAAGCAGUAGUGUUACCUAUAAUGGCACACCUCGCUCCGAUAAUUUCCUCUAGGUUGAACACGAAAUGGCAACAGGUGAUAGAGUUCCGGAACCGAGAAGCACAAGAAGACAACGCCGAUACUCAAGAGGUGCUGGAAGAUAUUCUUACCCGAGCCCUGACCAGAGAAUACUUGGAUUUACUCAAGGUAGCUCUAGUCGGAGGUAGCGUAACGCCAGAAUCCAACUCUGAGACAAUGGAAACCGAAGAUCACAGUUUAAUUUUGCUGAGGAGUGAGAAAACAUGUCAUUCCAUUGUACUGACCGUUCUGGGUGCCCUAUCUUGGAUCGACAGUAACGCUUCGUUGAAAGCCACAGCCUUAACAGGUCCUAUUGUUAGGCAACUCUCCUCUGACAAGUCUUUGAAUGGAGAAGUAGCGACACAUAUCAUGGCAGCAGUUCUUAACGCCUUAACCCUUCAUGGCCAACACGAAGCCAAUCAGGGGUCGUUACUAACACUUGGGGCCCAAAUCUACGAAAUGCUACGACCGGCAUUCAUUGAAGUUCUAGCUGUUAUGCAACAAAUACCUGGAGUGAAUCCUGUCGACUUGCAGAAGCUGGAUGAGAGAAUUUCUGGUACUACAAGUAAAGGCAAUAAGGUCGAGAAAGUAAAGAAGGAUCUUUUCAAGAAGAUCACUGGAAAUCUAAUUGGCAGAAGUGUUGGACAGUUGUUUAAGAAAGAAGUGAAAAUCCAUGAUCUGCCCCGAUUAGCUUUACCAAAAAAAUCCGAUAAUAAUGAGGUUAUUGUGUCGUUGAGAAAUGUUUUCAGUUAGUAGUAACUUUUGGCUGUUAUUUAUGUAUUUAAAUAAUUAUGAAUCUGUGCAACAUUCCUUGUUGUUCAAAUCUUUUGACUGGUACGAUUUAUUGAAUGAAUUUAUAUUAAUUGCAUUAUUUUGUAUAUAAUUUUGUUAGCUUUAAUAUAUUUAAUUUUAUUUUGUUUGAUAGUAAAUCAAUUUCCCUCUACUA